AUGGCUCACCUCGUGUUGGCUCUGUUUCUAACACUUUUCUUGCUACUGGAAACACAACAAAACGAUCCUGAUGUCGAUAGAAAGACGAUUCAAGAGGAGCUUGACAAAAUUAAAGGUGAUAAGACAGAGCUGAGAUUCGCACUUGCAGCCAGUAUGAUAAGAAGCAAAGAAAGUGUAAUUGAGGAGUGGAAAUAG